UUUUGUGGUACAAUCUGUCACGAUUUGUGUUCUUUGAUGUUUUCUCUUUAAUUGCAUGUUUGAUUUGUAAUUAUUUGCAUUUCAUCUUCGAUUUUAUUGUACGUUAUGAAGUCUAGUGGAAGUCUAUAUGUGGAAAAUAUUUCAACCAAACGAUAAUCUCUUGGUGACGUUUGCAACUAUAUCUAUGUUUAUACAUACAUUACGAAAACUAUUUCGCGGGAGAAUUUAAGUGAAGGAAGAUGUUAGGCAAGCGAAUGCAUCACAAUAGCAAAGGCCGUUUAGCCAGCAAAAGCCAUGACAACGGUAAACCGUCGAGUCCAGGAGUAACACCGCAUUCGAAACCAGCGAAGAUUCCUGGCGCUUCUGGUGGUAAAACAAAGGUAGAAAUGUGUCCUAUUCCUUAUAUGAAAUCUCAGGAUAAUGCUGCAAACCUACCACGAUUUACAGCCAUUGCAGCAAGGUCUGCUGAUGAGCCAAUUGGUAUGGAUGAAUUAGAUGCCCUGCAACUAGAACUUGAAUCAUUACUAAGUACUACAGCACUCCGAAUAAGGUUUUUCCAAUCUGAAAUUGAGAGCAUUGACACGAAUGAGUCAAAGAGAGAGAAAAAAGGCAAAGCAGCUGGCAAACAACUGCAAUAUCCUGUCAAAAGGAAGUUCCAAGAAGAUAAACUAGUGAAAACCAGAGACUACACCAAACUAUCCAACCAGCCAAAAGUACCAAAGUUCAAAAAUUUUUCAAAUGCAUCUGGAGCGUCUCACAAUUAUCAGAGUGAUCUGGUCAACUCAGAUAACUCUGUUAAAUUGGAGUUAUCUCAGCUAACUUUGCCUAAGAAUAAUAUUCCAUACAAGUUUUGGAACUCUGUGGAGCCUUAUUGUGCACCAGUCACAUUGGACGACAUAAAAUUUUUAGAGUCUUUACUGGCACAAAGUAGCAAUACCACUUUGCCUCCUAUACCACCCCUUGGGAAGCAUUAUUCAGAAGUGUGGGCUGAUGAGCACCUUGCAGAAGAUCAAAAUGCUUCUAAUCCCAAUAAAAUCAAAUCUACUGGUAUGUCUCCUGAGGCUUCAAGUUUGAGAAAAAAGUUGGAUAAAUCAAAUGAUAAUAUGAUAACAGGACCACUUACACAGAGAUUAGUGUCUGCAUUAAUGGAAGAAAAUGUUAUGCCCUAUGAUGUACCCGAUGUUAAAGUCAAGGCAAUCACUAAUACCAAAAGUAGUUAUAAGAACUCUCUUACUUUAGAAAAAUGUCUUAGGAAAGAGUUGGUUGAACAGGGCAUUUUAGAUCCAGAAGACUUGCCUCCUCUCACCAAUCCAGCUGAUGACGAGAUCUUAACAGAAAUCAAGAAAUGUCAAACUGAACUGACUGCUGUCAGAAAGGACAACUGUCGUAACCUCAAGCAUCUUAUUGGACUCUGUAAGCAAGAAAUGAUUAGACUGAAUUUGAAAAAGCAACUUGAUCAUGUGGAUAUGGAAUGUAUUGAAAUUUAUAAAAAGAUGGUGGCAGCCAAACAAAAGAAAAGACCAAUUACUAAGAAAGAAAAGGAUGAUGCUUGGAGAGCUAUCAAUGAGCAGAUCAGGCUCAAUAAAGAGAUUAAUGCCUUGCCUUUGACAGGGCCAAAUAGUAGUUAAAUAUUUUUAACUACUUAACUAUACUAAUCCUUUUUAGCUAACUUUUAUUUUGUAAGUACUACUGCAAACAGCUCCAAAUUAAAACUAGAAGCUUAGUUAUUUAAAAGA